AUGGUGGGUGGCUACCUCAACCAGCUAUGGGAUGACGAAGAGCCGCCAGACACGCCGCGAUAUCUGCCUUUUGAGGGAACCUUCCCAGACAAUAUACCCAACUCGUCAGGACCAGAGUUGCACCAACAUAGACCACAGUUCCCCGUCCAGCUCCCUCACCCCCAGCUCCCUCACGCCCAGCAAUACGCGCACCCUGAACAGCUUUUCCAGCAGGCGGCCCCACUUAUCCCGCUCAGCGCCGUCGAGGACCUGCACGAGCCAUACACCAGCUCGACAUUCCAGGACCCCUUCAACAGAGCCUUCAUCACCAAUCAGCCCGUCGUCCACGAAGGCUACAUCCCCGCCCCCGGCACUCGAGACGAGGAUCUGUACCCCAGCUUGCCGGAUGGGUACCGCGACUCGCUGUUCCAGGACUCCGAUGACAGCUCUGACGAGAGCGACUUUGAGCGCCGGCUUGCCGAGGCCGAGGAGCUGCGCGAGAUUGAAGACAAGGACGACUCGGAAGCGGACGCGAAUUACUCCGAAGAAGACGCUGAGCAAGACGAGGGCGAUCCGAAUGAGAUGGAGAUCGACGAGGCGUAUGUUGAAGAGCGCGCCAAACCGAAGCGUGGCCGAGGGAGCGCGCGGGGGAUGAGGGGCGGACGGAGAGGCAGGCCGCCCGGGCGGGCCAAGGGCGGCUUUCACGGCCCCACGAGGAAGCAAUUGCGUGGCAAGAAGAACCCGGGGCGCCCCAGUGGGAAGCGAGGGCCUCGUCCGAUUGCUGACCCAGGGCCCGAGUUCAAGAGUCUCCAGCGCGCUGCCAACGAGAGAUUUAUCGCUCGAGACUAUCCUGCCGCGCUGGAGUACGGACAGAAGGCCGUGCAGCUGAACCCCGAGAUCUUCGAUGCGCACAACAUCGUCGCCGAGUCGUAUGCCGCCAUGGGCGAGGAGCUCAAGUCGAUCGAGUCCCUGAUCAUCGGUGCGCCCACGAAGCGCGAUCCCGAGCUGUGGCAUCUGAUCAUCGAGCGCAUCAAGCGGCUCGACACGACGGACCACCCCACCUACACGGAACAGGUCAAGACCGCCGUCGUCUUGCAAUGUCUCAAGUCCAUCAUCGCGCUCGACGUCACCAACUACGAGGCGCGCAGUCUGAAGCUCGAGAUUGAAGCCCGCCUGGGCCAUGUGUCAAAGUGCGUGAAUCUCGGCACCAAGAUGCUGAAGACGCUGCGAGACCAGAAGCAGGAUCCCGACACCGAGGUCCUGAAGAUUAUGGCCAUGAUGGGCACUUCUACGCCGAAGCAGACGAAGCGCCACCUGCCCAAGAUUAUAGAGGAGUUCGAUCAGGCUAUUGACAUUUACACGGGCCCGGCGAGAGAUCCAAAGGACAGCGACCUUGAUUGGGAAUUGAUCAACAUCUACCUUGAUCUUCUGGACAGGAGCGGCAGGUAUGAGUACGCGCUAAAGCGUCUGAAGGAUCUGUCAAGAUGGAAGCAGGGCAGGCGGAACGAGACGUAUUGGGACGAGCAGAAAGAUGAUUGUGAGUUUGAUAUCGAAGACACACCGAGGCGUGUCGACGUCUUCGACUUCAAGCGCAAGUCAAAGUCGGCAAAGUACGGAGAAACGCUGCCACUGGAGAUCAGGGUCAAGAUGGGAUUGUUUCGAUUGCGCAAGAGCCCUGACGACUAUGCGGAAGCCAUGCACCAUCUCGACAUGCUCGAGCCGGACGACAAGAGUCCAGACGCUCUCAUGUGGGACUACCUCGACCUUUUCCGAGUCAUCGCCGAUGCUCUGCAUUCCACCGGCCAUGACGCAGAGGCUUUACGCUUCUACGAGCCGCUGCUUCUGAGCAAUUCGAGCGAGAUGAGCCUGAUGAGCUACCUCGGGCUCUACACCGUCUAUACUAAUCUCCAGCAACCUGAGAAAGCCCGACAGAUCAUACCAAUCCUGAUUGGAUGGACAGCCGACACUGUUGACGACCUUGCCGUGCUGGCCAAAUUCUUCGAAGUGCAAGGCAUGCCCGACGAGGCCAUGGAACGCGCCGAUGCAUGCUACCGGAACCGCGGUCUUGUCAAGCUGCGCAGAAUCGGCUACUCGAGGCUGCGAGAGAUCAGAAGUCACUACGAAGACUGGCGCAGGAAGUCGCGCGGCAAUCACGGCAAGAAGAAGAACGCGCUGAAGAAGCAGCGGAAGCUGAUGAAGAAGGCGAUCGCAGCGCUGGACGACGACGCUGAAGAGGACGAAGACGCCGACAAAGCGAGGCCGUCUCUUGGACCGCUCAAAGAACGUCCUGCGAAGGGUCUGUUCCGCACAAGACGGAUUGCGCCUAAGCCUCCAAAGACGCAGACGUUUCUGCCUUUCGACGCGCAGCAGCAAGGUCCAUCAGCGAGCAAACCUCGCGUGCCUGAGCCCAGCACCCUCGAAGGCACGGAUGUGCCCAUGGACGCUAUCGACCACCGCCUGUUCCGCAAGAAGCUGCAGAAGCUCGCCGAAGACAACGCCGACGACGUCGCGGCAGCACGCGCCCAACACCGAGAGAUUGUGGCGAGCUUCCGGAAGCUGGACGACGUCUACGACUCAGCCGAGGCCGGCGACGAAGAGUCGAUACAGACCGUCUUCUCCAUCACACGCGAGCUGAUCGAGGAGUUCUCCUCCUUCGACCUCUUCUACGCCGACAGAAAGGAAGAGUUCAAAGGCUACUUCCGCCGCGUCGGCGGCGGCGAGAUCUGGAAAGAUUCCGCACUCAUGGUGCUCGCCGUGGCCGCCAACGCCAUCGAAGACGGCGCGCCAUCCACCGAGCUGCGCGAGCGCCCCGACACAGCACCGACAGACUUCUGGUCCAUCCCGUUCUCCUCGUGGUGCGACGCGUUUGCACGGUACGCCUUGCUUCUCGCAAAGAACGGGGACGAUGCUGCCUUCUCCACGCUCGACAUCGCACUCCAAUCCAACGUCUUCGCGCGCAGCCUACCCUUCCACCGCCGCCUCGAAACAACGCGCCUGGCAGCCGCCCUCGCCCUCGACGACAGUACCCAGGCCUCCGCAGCGAUCCGCUGGUUCCUGCGCGAAUUCCCCUUCGGCACGACGCUCUUCCGGCUCUACAGCGCUGUCAACCGCCUCGUCUCGUUCCCGGAGGGCUAUGCCACAGGCCCUGCACACAAAGUGCUCAUGCGGUACAUCAAAACGGCCGACUUUGCGCUCCUCACCCCAGACCAACGCACGUGGUACAAUUUCCGCUCCAACGAGCGCGUCGGCUGGGGCCAGAACGGCGUCAACUCGUCGUCCCUCGACGCCGUGCACGACCACGACCCCGCCCUCUUCGCGCUUUACGCCCAUGUCCUCGCCAGCGGCGGCAGCUACGCCGCAGCCCUCAACUACUACUUCCGCGCCUUCGCGCUCUCCCCCGCCGACCCCGUGCUCAACCUCGCCAUCGGCUCGUGCUACAUCCAGCACGCCAUGAAGCGCCUCAGCGAGAACAGACAGUUCCAGAUCCAGCAAGGCCUGGCUUUUGUCUACAGAUACUUCGAUCUGCGCGUACGCUCCGGCAAGGCGUGUUUCAAGCAAGAGGCCGAGUUCAAUGUCGGUCGCGUGUGGCACGCGCUGGGCCUUGGCGCCCUCGCUGUCCCGGCGUACGAGAGGUGCAUCCAGCUCAGUGGCGCGGUGCGGAGCGAGGCGCAGGCGCGCCGGAGUGAGGAUGAAGUAGAUGUAGAUGCGGCUGAGCAGUGGGGGUGUGAGGAUUUCACGACCGAGGCCGCAUACGCGCUGCAGAGCAUAUACGCCGUGAGCGGCAACUUGGCGGCCGCGCGGGAUGUCACGCGCGACGCGCUCGUGCUCGAGUAG